AUGAACAUGUUUCAAUCAUUCCUAAAAUCUAUACCGAAAAAUCGUUCGGAAUACGUUAACGACUUGGAAAUCCCCGAGAUCACCCUCGAACCUUAUGUUUGGACGGAACUGGAUGAAUCUGUUUCGGUAAAAAGUGAUAGCAUAGUCCCCGAUAGCAUGGACGACGAUAGGGCCACCCUCAGCACUGACACAACCUUACCGCUAUCCAGGGCCAUGACUGACUCGGAGAUCGAUUAUGAAUACUCCAGGAGGGUAAGACACCGCAGGUUCAGCGAUCCUUGGGACCAGUUGAAAGCGACUAUGGACGCUUUUCCAUCUGACUACGUAUCUUCUCUUCGCCGUUUUCAGAACUACAAAAUGGAUUCCACCGAUGACAUAGUGGCAACAUGCGCAAAGGAACGCAUCCGACGCCGGAAUGACGAGUUGUUGCAGAAGAUGAAGAAGUUCUUCAGAGAGGAUUGCCGGGCUUUCUCCCCCAAUGACCCUGGACUGCGGGCCCUGGAGGAAGCAGUGAAUAACCUUGACGUAAAGGCUCUUGACGCCGAUUUGGAUGACAUCUUAGCAUGA